AUGCAUCACGUACUCAAUUCAACGAGAUCUGACCAUCAGUUUUGGUUUUACGAUGACGUGACGCAAUACGGUAGAAAACAAUACCUUAAUUAUUAUACUCCCUUAAUUCUUACAAUAUUUACAGUGUUGUUUGUAACCUAUAACAUAUGGAAACAUUAUUACUAUUAUAACGUUCUACACUUGAAGCAAAAAAAUCCAAUUGAGGACAUCUUGUACUCAUCUGCUGAUGAAGAUGAACAGAGUCCGCUGAUAAACAGUAACACCGCUACAACAAAUUACGUGGACAUUAAUUCUAAAAGAGAUGAACUAAAAAAUAGACAUUUUUCUCUAGAGAAGCUUAGAUCAGUCAAGUUAAACGGAGAACCUCACGGGAAACCUGAAAUCAUUAGAAGAGGUUUCAUUGAAAAAUCUAGAAUUAUACUUGAGUUUUUUUUAGUUCUCUCCCAAGUUAUAAUACAUUCUUUUAUACUAUUACACUAUGCUAAUAGAAACCCAGAGUUCACUCAAAGAGGUACCAUUUCAGGUUUUGUGGAGUGGUGUUUGUUAUUUGUCAUUGUCUCUUUGCGUUUAGCAAACGUCAAUCAAAAUUUCAAAUUCAUAAACAGAUACCCAGGAAAUUUAUGGUCAAUAUCGUUUAUAAACUAUUUGCUUUUGUUCCUUUCAAUGAUUCUACCCUUCCGUUCCAUUUUCAUUCACCAUAUCAAUACCUCUAUCAUAAGAAAAUAUUACAUUUCACAAAUAUCGAUUAACUUUGUUCUUUUCUUAUUGCUAUUUUUUGCGAGGAUACGGAAUAACUUUGCUAUCAUCUAUAAAACUGACAGCUGGAUUACUCCGUCUCCAGAACCUGUAACUUCUAUUGCUGGCUUCAUAUGCUGGGCUUGGUUAGACGAAUUUGUAUGGAAAGCGCACAAAGUGAGUAUUAAAGUCAAAGAUAUUUGGGGCUUGAUGAUGCAAGACUACUCUUUCUUUGUAGUAAAAAAAUUUAGGUACUUCGUCGAUCACAAGGUUAAGAAGAAACGUAUUUUUUCGUUGAAUCUUUUCUUUUUCUUUUCGAAUUAUUUAAUACUACAAUGCUUUUGGGCAUUUUUAGGCAGCGUACUCUCCUUCAUUCCAACAGUUUUACUAAAAAGAAUCCUGGAGUAUGUCGAAGACCAGUCAUCUGCUCCUUCAAAUUUGGCUUGGUUUUAUGUCACUACAAUGUUUGUGGGCAGAAUAUUGGUGGCUAUUUGCCAAGCACAAGCCUUAUUUUUUGGGAGAAGAGUGUGCAUCCGAAUGAAAAGCAUUAUCAUUUCUGAAAUAUACACUAAAGCUUUAAGAAGAAAAAUUUCCACGAAUAAAACCAAACCUAUCAAUGAGGAUCCACAAGAAAUUAAUGAUCAAAAAAGUAUCAAUGGUGAUGAAGAAUCUACUUCUUCCGCUAACCUCGGAGCCAUUAUUAAUCUGAUGGCUAUUGACGCCUUCAAAGUUUCGGAAAUUUGUGGUUAUCUACAUUCGUUUUUGGAGGCUUUUGUUAUGACUGUUGUUGCUCUUGUACUAUUGUAUCGCCUGUUAGGUUUCGCUGCAAUUGUGGGUGUUCUAAUAAUCGUUGCUAUGCUUCCACUGAAUUACAAGCUUGCCAAGUAUAUUGGUGAUUUGCAAAAGAAGAACUUGGCCGUUACGGACAACCGUAUUCAAAAGUUGAAUGAAGCUUUCCAAGCUAUUAGAAUUAUCAAGUAUUUUUCAUGGGAGGAGAACUUUGAAAAAGAUAUUAAUGCUAUCAGAGAAAACGAACUAUCUCUAUUGCUAAUGAGAUCUAUUGUUUGGUCCAUCAGUUCUUUUGUAUGGUUUGUUACCCCAACAAUUGUAACAGCUGCUUCAUUUGCUUACUAUAUUUACGUUCAAGGCGAAGUAUUAACCACGCCAGUCGCUUUUACUGCGCUUUCUUUGUUCACAUUAUUAAGAGAUCCAUUGGACCGUUUGUCUGAUAUGUUAAGUUUUGUUGUCCAAUCGAAGGUCUCGUUAGAUAGAGUCCAAGAUUUUUUAAAUGAAAAGGAUACAAAAAAAUAUGAUCAAUUGACUAUAGAUCCAAAUGGAAAAAGGUUUGCGUUUGAGAAUUCCACCAUUUCUUGGGAUAAGGAUAAUCAAGACUUCAAAUUGAAAGACUUGAAUAUUGAAUUUAAAACCGGAAAAUUAAAUGUCGUUAUUGGUCCAACUGGUUCUGGUAAGACAUCUUUACUGAUGGCGUUACUAGGUGAAAUGUAUUUGCUAAGUGGUAAGGUUGUUGUUCCGGCUCUGGAGCCAAGGCAGGAAUUGGUCGUGGAUGCGAAUGGAACAACUAAUGCCAUUGCUUACUGUUCUCAAGGUGCUUGGCUCCUAAAUGAUACUGUAAAAAACAACAUUCUAUUCAAUAGUCCGUUUAACGAGGCAAGGUACAAGGCUGUCGUCGAAGCAUGUGGAUUGAAACGUGAUUUUGAGAUUUUAAAAGCCGGUGACUUGACGGAAAUCGGUGAAAAGGGAAUUACUUUAUCCGGUGGUCAAAAGCAAAGAGUUUCUCUCGCCAGAGCAUUGUACUCCAAUGCAAGACAUGUUCUUUUGGAUGAUUGCUUAAGCGCAGUUGACUCUCAUACUGCAUCAUGGAUUUAUGAUAAUUGUAUUACUGGCCCAUUAAUGGAAGAUAGAACAUGCAUUUUAGUCUCUCACAACAUCGCAUUAACCUUAAGAAACGCUGAACUAGUAGUAUUACUAGAAGACGGUAGGGUUAAAGACCAAGGUGAUCCCAUAGAUAUGUUACAAAGAGGUUUGUUUGGUGAAGAUGAAUUGGUAAAAAGUAGUAUAUUGUCACGAGCAAAUUCUUCUGCCAACUUAGCCACAAAAAGUAGCACAAGUCUAAGUAACUUAGCUGUUGCCAAAGAACAACAAGUUAGCAUGAACAAUAACUCCCCACAGUUUGAAGCAAAGAAACUGCAAAAACCAUUAAGAACAGAAGCUGAACGUACUGAAGAUGGUAAACUAAUUGAAGAAGAGACGAAAGAAGAGGGUGUAGUUGGCAUGGCUGUUUAUAAAUGGUAUUUGAAAAUCUUUGGUGGCUGGAAAAUUGUUUCAUUUUUAGCUUCCUUAUUCUUAAUAUCCCAACUUUUGUACAUCGGCCAAUCAUGGUGGGUUCGUGCCUGGGCAUCACACAAUGUCAUUGCUAAGAUAGUUCCCAUAGCACAACGUGCUAUUGCCUUUGUCUCUAAGGAAGCCAGCCAUCUAAUUGAUUGGCGAGGCUCGUUCCAAGUAAAUAUGGCGUCAAGUGGAAAUCAACCUACCAGUAAACAUUCUACAAUGUAUUAUCUCAUUUUGUACUUAAUCAUUGGUUUGGCUCAGUCCUUACUAGGUGCUGGUAAAACUAUUUUAAAUUUUGUUGCUGGUAUCAACGCAUCAAGAAAAAUAUUCAACAUGAUUUUAAACAAGGUAUUGCACUCUAAAAUAAGAUUUUUCGAUGCUACACCAACUGGCAGAAUAAUGAACAGAUUCUCUAAAGAUAUCGAAGCCAUUGAUCAGGAAUUGACACCUUAUAUACAAGGUGCUUUCUAUUCUCUUAUUGAGUGUUUAUCCACCGUUAUAUUGAUCACUUUUAUUACCCCACAAUUUUUAUCUGUUGCUAUAGUUGUUUCGAUUCUGUACUAUUUCGUUGGGUAUUUCUACAUGGCAGGCUCUCGUGAAUUAAAAAGAUUUGAAUCUAUCUCCAGGUCGCCAAUCUACCAACACUUCUCAGAGACUCUUGUUGGUGUUACAACGAUCCGUGCUUUCGGUGACGAAGGGAGAUUUAUGCAAGAAAACUUACAGAAAAUAGAUGAAAAUAAUAAGCCAUUUUUUUAUUUGUGGGUUGCUAAUCGUUGGCUGGCUUUUAGAAUAGACAUGAUUGGAUCCUUGGUCAUAUUUGGAGCUGGUUUAUUCAUAUUAUUCAAUAUCAACCAUUUAGAUUCCGGUAUGGCUGGUAUAUCAUUAACAUAUGCCAUUUCCUUCACUGAAGGUGCAUUAUGGCUGGUCAGAUUGUACGCUGAAGUUGAAAUGAAUAUGAACUCUGUUGAAAGAGUCAAAGAAUAUAUGGAAAUUGAACAAGAACCAUACAACCAGCACAAAGAAGUACCGCCACCACAAUGGCCACAGGAUGGUAAGAUCGAGGUUAAUGAUUUAUCACUACGUUAUGCUCCUAACUUACCUAGAGUAAUCAAAAAUGUUUCUUUUUCCGUUGACGCACAAUCUAAGAUUGGUAUCGUUGGUAGGACUGGUGCUGGUAAAUCAACUAUUAUCACUGCCUUAUUUAGAUUUCUGGAACCUGAGACAGGCCACAUCAAAAUCGAUAAUAUCGAUAUCUCUGGUGUUGAUUUACAAAGAUUGCGCCGUUCGAUAACUAUUAUUCCACAAGAUCCAACAUUAUUCUCCGGGACAAUUAAAACAAACUUGGAUCCCUAUGAUGAAUUUAGCGACAGAAAGAUCUUUGAAGCUUUGAAACGUGUUAACCUAAUCAGCGAAGAGCAAUCACAGCAAGGGACUACAAGAGAAGCAGACAAUGACAAUUCGUCAACUAAUUCAGAAAAUGUCAAUAAAUUCUUGGAUUUGAGCAGUGAAGUUAGUGAAGGUGGAUCCAAUUUGUCUCAAGGACAGCGUCAAUUAAUGUGCCUUGCUAGAUCUUUACUGAGGAGUCCAAAGAUCAUUUUGUUAGACGAAGCUACAGCGUCCAUCGACUAUGGUUCCGAUGCAAAAAUACAAGAAACUAUUAGAAAAGAGUUUCAAGGAAGCACAAUUUUGACAAUUGCACAUAGACUGAGAUCUGUCAUAGAUUAUGACAAGAUUCUUGUAAUGGAUGCGGGCGAAGUUAAAGAAUACGAUCAUCCAUAUUCAUUGUUGUUGAACAAACAAAGCAUCUUUUACAGCAUGUGUGAACAUAGUGGAGAAUUGGAAAUUUUGAUUGAACUGGCGAAAAAGGCCUUUGUGGAAAAACUGAACUCUAAAAAGGACUAA